CUACUGAAAGGGGAGUACGACUCUCUGCUGCGCUGGCCUUUCCAACAAGAAGUAAAAUUCACUCUCAUUGAUCAACAAAACGACUUGGACGAACGUCGAAACAUCGUGAAAGUCUUGGCACCAGCUGGAAACAACGAAGGCGUAGUGAAUUUCCAGCGACCAAUCAAAAGUUGCAACACUGGCCGUGGUUAUGCCAAGUUCGUCCCGCAUGACGUCAUACGCACGCGCAGAUACAUCCGUGACGACAUGAUGUAUUUGAAGAUCGAAGUUGAGCCCACUGCGACGGUGGGAUAA